GCAGCUGGCCCUGACGCCUGCCUCCCGCCGGGUUGCUCUUGCUUCAUCCUACAAGAGCAGAGGACAGCGCGUCCCGCAGCCUGCAGGUGUCUCCCAGCGGAGACAGCUGCGGAGCCCCUUGGGAUCAUGUGUGGUACCAGAGCAGAUGUUCACUUGCUCUUGGUGCUGUUUGUGAGACAGACCCUCUCUGAUCCUGUCAGCGCGCUGAAGCACACCGACUACAAGAGGACGGCCGCACUCCCGCGCCUGCAGCUGCUCCUUUAACGUACAAAGGCAGGAUUUCAAGUGAAGAGAAGAAUGGGAGUCUGGCUGCAGCGUUUCUUUCAUUGCUACAACAACAGAUUGGAAGAAGCUGAGAGUUUUGAUGCCUGGACAACUGGAUUCUGAAUCGUGAGAGGCUUUGACCCCCCUCCCCUCCCCACAUAAAACAAGCCCCUUUGACUUCUUCUCUCAGCAGGAGGGGGAGGGAGGGCGGAUUUACCAUGAAGACAAAUCGAAGAUGCAGAGCCCUGCUAGCAGUGAGUCUGAAUCUGAUGGCUCUCCUCUUCUCUACAACAGCUUUUAUCACGACCCACUGGUGUGAGGGCACACAGAGGGUCCCCAAGCCGAGCUGUGGGAAAGAGAAGAAGACAAACUGCCUCAACUACAGCGGGAAUGAGACUGCAAAUGAGACAAACCAGAAUGUGGUUCAUUACAGCUGGGAGACUGGAGACGACCGCUUCCUUUUCAGGUAUUUCCACACUGGGAUCUGGUACUCAUGUGAGGAAAAUAUCAAUGCUGCUGGUGAAAAAUGUCGAAGUUUUAUCGACCUUGCCCCGGCUUCUGAAAAAGGUGUCCUGUGGUUAUCAGUAGUAUCCGAGGUGUUAUACAUCAUGCUGUUAGUCGUCGGAUUCAGCCUUAUGUGCCUCGAGCUCUUUCAUUCAAGCAGUGUAAUAGAUGGGCUCAAGUUAAAUGCCUUUGCUGCUGUCUUCACUGUGCUUUCAGGUCUCUUGGGGAUGGUGGCACACAUGAUGUAUACUCAAGUUUUCCAAGUGACAGUCAGCCUUGGACCAGAGGACUGGCGACCCCAUUCAUGGGACUAUGGAUGGUCCUUCUGUCUGGCAUGGGGCUCUUUCACCUGCUGCAUGGCGGCCUCCGUUACUACCUUGAACUCUUACACUAAGACUGUCAUUGAGUUCAGACACAAGCGCAAAAUCUUUGAGCAGGGCUUUCGAGAAGAGCAGAACUUCCUAGACCAGGAAGCCAUCAAGUACUUCAGAGAAAGGACUGAGGAGGAGAGGGCUGAGGCUGGGGACCUGAGGUUACAGUGCCUCCAUAGCUGCUCCCCAAAUAGGCUUCACAACACCCAGCUCUAAAUGUCACUAGCACGCAGAGGAACAGGAGUGACCAUAAUGCUCAGAAAAUUCCCCCAUUCGCUACGUCAAACUCUUCCAGCGACACAUCAAGCAGCUCUUCACUUUCAUCAGGACCA